AUGCCUGUGAGCAUGUUCAGCAUCGACAAUAUCCUGGCGGCCAGACCUCGCUGCAAGGACUCGGUGCUGCUGCCCCCGAGCGCCGCGCCCGUCGUCUUCCCCAGCCUCCACGGGGACUCGCUCUACGGCAGCGCCUCCGACUACGGCGGAUUUUACUCCCGGGCGGUGGCUCCCGCCUCCGCGCUGCCGCCGGCCGUCACUGGAUCUCGGCUCGGCUACAACAACUACUACUACGGGCAGCUGCAUGUGCCCGCGUCCCCCGUGGGCCCUUCGUGCUGCGGGGCCGUGCCGCCGCUGGGCGCUCAGCAGUGUUCCUGCGUGCCCCCCGCAGGUUACGAGGGCACUGGGUCAGUCUUGAUGUCCCCUGUUCCCCAUCAGAUGUUGCCCUACAUGAACGUGGGCACUUUGUCCCGGACGGAGCUGCAGUUACUGAACCAGCUGCACUGCAGGAGAAAAAGGCGGCACCGGACUAUCUUCACUGACGAGCAGCUGGAAGCGCUGGAAAACCUCUUCCAGGAAACGAAAUACCCAGACGUGGGCACGAGGGAACAGCUGGCCAGAAGGGUGCACUUAAGAGAGGAAAAAGUGGAGGUUUGGUUCAAAAACCGCCGGGCGAAGUGGAGGAGGCAAAAGCGAUCGUCUUCGGAGGAAUCAGAAAACGCACAAAAGUGGAAUAAAGCGUCUAAAACGUCACCGGAGAAGAGACAAGAGGACGGGAAAAGCGACUUGGACUCUGACAGCUGAUACUUCUAAGUGGGGGGGACAUUUCCCGUGGACUGUCGGAUACG